AUGAACGAGGAUGAAGGUUUGGUGAAGGAAGGAGUCCAAACCACAGCAUCCUUGAGCUGUGGGUCACUGAAAGAGGGUUUCUCCUUAAAUGAUAAAGCAGGUGUGUUUGGAGCGAUAGAGGAAGAGGAGGGUGGAGACGAAGAGGAGGAGAGGAGACAGGAGCAGCAGAGGAUCCAAGCUUUUUACAGAUUUUAUGACGACCAAGACGGAGAUGGCAACAAGAGAGAGAGACAAAGAAAAGUCCAGUUUUGUGUUGAAGCAUUGUCCCAGGUGAUCCAAUCUGACACAGACAGGAGCAGAGAAAUAAGCAGUUCUUCAAGUGAGGAAGAGUCGUGUGAGGAAGAGGACUGUGAGGAAGAGGAGUAUGAGGAAGAGGAGUGUGAGGGGGGCACUGACCAAACUUACGAGACUGAGAUACAUCCCUCCAUGGAUUCAGAUGAAGCAGAGUUUUUUCAUGAAGAUUUAACUCAGACAGAGGCACCUCCCAGAACACCAGGCAAAGUUACAGAGAGCACCAUCUGCAACACAAACCACACGUUUCUCUUUGUGUUGAAGCUGAUGCUGAGUCUGCUCUUGGCCCUUGUGGUGGGGCUGAUUAUCAUCUGGUGGGUCUCGGGUGCAGAAGAGAGACUCCAUUUGGAACUUUAA